AGCCACAACACAAUGAUCCUGGCGGUCGUCCUCACUUGCCUGGCCGCCGCCGUCGUCGCCGCCCCUCAGGGGAACAAACAAGUCGUACUCACCAAGUACGAACACAACGACUCAGGCGACGGCAACUUCAACUACGCCAUCGACGCCGACAACGGCAUCAGCGUGUCUGUCUCCGGCUCCCCGGGCACCGCCGGCCAGGUCAACAUGCAGGGCUUCUAUACGUACGUCCUUGACGACGGGACCCCAGUACGGGUCCCCUUCGUCGCCGACGAGAACGGCUUCCGCCCCGACUUGGACCAGCUGUUGAGGCUUCUUCAUUUACAACCCAUCGUCAUACCAAUCGCCCCGUUUUCAGGAAAACCUCAUCCCGGAGUUAAUUUCCGUUAAUACGAAAACGGAUUCACGUAGCUACGAUGCAUAAAUGUAGCGUCACCACUUUUUUAUAUAUGUAUAUUUUGAAAAUUACUAUUUUUAAUACUCAAAUAAAUGAGUACGAACAA